AUGCUUUCAGAAUGCAGCUCGUUUUUGAAGGGUGUGAUGCUCGGAAGUACCGUCUUUGCCUUGAUCACAGUGCUUGGACACGUUAGGCUAGGUCGCAAAAACGGGAUGCACCACCACAAGCAUCACCACCUGCAAGCUCCUAAGAAAGAAGUUUUGAAAAUAUCAGAAGCUGAACGUUUGGAACUCAGUAACACCUUCCGGGUUUACUGUAUCAUCCUUGCAUCCACCCAAAAUAGGCAUCUGUUGGCAGCAGUGAAGGAGACUUGGAUCAAACACUGUGAUAAAGCAGAGUUCUUCAGUUCUCAACCCGUUCAAGAGUUUGAGUCGAUUGCUGUGAAUGCGAGUGACAGCUGGUUGUUGAUGAAAAAAGCUUGCUUGUAUGCCCUUAAUAAAAAUAAAGACCAAUAUAACUGGUUCUUUAUUGCAUAUCCCAAUACAUUUGCUGUUAUCGAAAACUUAAAGUAUUUUUUGUUAAGAAAAGAUCCAUCGCAGCCUUUCUAUCUGGGUCACACUGAACGUUUUAUGAGCCUUGAAUAUGUGACUAUGGAGGGGGGAAUUGUGUUUAGUAUAGAAUCAAUGAAAAGACUCAUCAGACUUAUCACUAAAAGUAGAAAUUGUCCGAAAGAGAGAAAAGGAUUUUGGAAUAUGCAUGAAGAAUUGCUUCUAGCAUUCUGCCUGAGCAAUGAAGGAGUGUUUGCAGAAAAUGCUGAAGAUGAAGAAGGAAAAAAUUUAUUUAAUACCAAAACUAUUACGAUGUUCAUUAAAGAGGCAAUUACUGACUACCCAAACAAUGUAAUAGAAGGAUUCUGUUCUGACAUGGUCAUUACUUUCAGUAGACUGACUCCAGAUCAAAUGCAUGUCAUGAUGUAUGGGGUAUACCGUCUUAGGGCAUUUGGACAUACUUUCAAUGAUGUUUUGUCUUUUUUACCUCCAAAUGGUUCGGACAACGACUGA